CACCGCAUGAACAUUCCCGUGCUCAGUGCACAGAGAUGCGCGUUGUAACUCGAUAAACAGAGCACGAGCUCUUUUUUGUUGUUGUUGUUUUGUUUUGUUUUUUUUGCACGAGCAAAUUGGAAUUGCGUCAAAGCGUGUGUAAGACGCUGCAGGUGCACCGAGGACAGCACGAGCACGAGCACUGGUACGCGGGGACGAGCGCGAGGGGGAAACGCAGGCGGGCGCACGCUUGCCUUCUCGUUUCUCGCGCGCACGCGCGACCGUUUACACACACGCACACGCGCGCGCUUACACUCGCAAGGGGGUCGGGAAGACUGCCGAAGAGCGACGCAGAGCUCGCGCUUCACGUUUUCAUUCAUCCAUUACAUUGAUUGAUUCAUUAAUUAAAUUUACACGCACACAUAUAUAUAUAUAUUGAUCUAUCCUCCCCAUGCAUGCGCGUCCCCGACAGGCGUGGGACGUGUGAAACGCAGCGUGGGAACGCGCGGGUUUUCUCCGGGGAUCUCUCUCUCUCUCUCUCUCUCUCUCUCUCUCUCUCCGAGUCCCAGGCAAAGCUGCUGCUGCUCGAACGGGCUCGUCUUCCUGCGCUCUUUCUCUGGUUUCCGCCAUGGCUCAGGAGAACGGAGAGACCGCCACGGACUCGUGGAAAAAACAAGUGGACGAUAUCAAGCAAAUCUUCGAAUUCAAGGAGGUCCUCGGCACGGGAGCGUUCUCCGAGGUGGUCCUGGCUCAGGAGAGAGUCACAGAGAAGAUGUUUGCCGUUAAGUGCAUCCCUAAAAAGGCCUUGAAGGGGAAGGAGAGCAGCAUCGAGAACGAGAUCGCCGUGCUACGCAAGAUCAAGCACGAAAAUAUCGUGGCCUUGGAGGACAUUUACGAAAGCUCUGAUCACCUGUACCUCAUAAUGCAACUGGUUUCAGGAGGAGAGCUGUUUGACCGGAUUGUGGAGAAGGGGUUCUACACAGAGAAAGAUGCCAGCACGCUCAUCAGACAAGUCCUGGAUGCAGUCAAUUACCUGCACAGUAUGGGCAUCGUGCACCGAGACCUGAAGCCCGAGAAUCUUCUUUACUUCAACCCUCAAGAUGGGUCAAAGAUCAUGAUCAGUGACUUUGGCCUUUCCAAGAUGGAGGGCACGGGUGAUGUCAUGUCCACUGCCUGCGGCACACCAGGAUACGUCGCUCCUGAGGUGCUCGCCCAGAAGCCAUACAGUAAAGCUGUGGAUUGCUGGUCGAUCGGAGUCAUCGCAUACAUCCUGCUCUGUGGAUAUCCACCCUUCUACGACGAGAACGACUCCAAACUCUUCGAGCAGAUCCUGAAAGCCGAUUACGAGUUUGACGCCCCUUACUGGGAUGACAUAUCCGAUUCAGCUAAGGAUUUUAUCAGCAGUUUAAUGGAAAAAGACCCGGCAAGGCGCUACACCUGUGAGCAGGCUCUCCGUCACCCCUGGAUUGCUGGAGACACGGCUCUCUGCAAGAACAUCCACGAAUCGGUCAGCCGCCAAAUGCGUAAAAACUUUGCGAAGAGCAAGUGGAGGCAAGCCUUUAACGCGACAGCGGUGGUGAGGCACAUGAGGAGGCUGCAGCUGGGCAGUAGUAUGGGCGCCAGCAUGGACGGCUCUCACCCGAACAGCGGCGCCCAGAACCGAGCGCAUGCGGCAAAGCAGCAGACACCAACACCGAACCAAACCCUGAACCCGGCGUUAAACCUCAACCAGAUCCAGAAACCUGCUUCUAACCUGAACCAGUAUCAUAUCAACAACAUAUCCACAGAGUCUGCCACUAUAACACGCAAAGACUGCACCCCACCUCCUCACGCUUCCUGUUCAUUGGCGUCGGCAGCCGUGUCCCCAGCUCCGGGGGCGGAGCCCUGCAGGCCACACCCCUCAGCAGUUGCCUCCGUGAGCACUGUGUUAACUGGGACCAAGUGACGCCAGGUCCUGCGGGGGGAGAGCUGGGAGGCCACUGCGCUGUAAGCCACGCCUCUCAGGUCGCCCCCCGCCCUGCCUCGAGGACAGGCAGACGACUGACCCGCCCGCUGGUCGCCAUAAAUACCCAUUGAGAGACUGACACUGCGCGCCACUUACUGCACACCGCCAACUCGUCCUGCUACUCGAACCCCACGCCAUCAUGGGGCGUGACCUACGUGGACAGGAUGAAGAGGUCGAGUUCACCAACGAGAGCGGAUUCAAGUGCAGAUUUAAGUCGUUGUAUGAGAGUAAUAGUGUGUUGUGUUAUGAAUGUGCUACACAGCAGCCAUUUUAUCCUUCGGUUACGACUUAAGGACUUCAGAAGGAAGCGAGGGUACGGACGUUGAAGCAUGUCUGCCUCAAGCACCUUCCGGCAGAACCAAUGUCAAAUAGUUGUCUUUAAUAUCUCUAAGCUCUUCCCCAUAUAUUCUCUCUCUCUCUCUCUCUCUCUCUCUCUCUCUCUCUCUCUCUCUCUCUCUUUUCCUUUCUUCUUGCCUCUAUUUCUCUCACACUUCUGGCACUUCCUACUGUAUAAGC